AUGCCAAGCAAUGAAUUAACAUUGGAGAACUUAAACGAGUACAAAGCAGAACUUAGAGGAUUAAAACCUAUAGUAUUUGGAAGAAGUAGCGGCGGAGAGUGGAUUGAUGUUACACAUUUGAAGAUUAAUUUUUGUCAUUUGAGUUUCAUAGGAGAGGACUCACAAGAGUUCAUGGUCUCAGAUUAUAGAAUUAACUUACAAGGCUUGAUACUGAGAACCAUGUUUCUAAAGGAGUGUUUCGAGUUAAGGUACGAGGGGAGUCUCGUUUGGCGGUACUUUGAAGAGGAUGAAUUUGGAUUUCCAGUAGGCAUUUUACUUGAUCUGGAAAAUAAUUCACUAAGUCUUUUUCACAAAAAUGAACGAAUAAAACCAAUUAACAUUCGCUCUUUUAAUCUUAAAUUGGGUUCAGGAAAGGUCCGUAAACUGAGUAGACUCAGAGGCUUGUGCGCUAAUCCAAAGACCACAGACUGUUACAACAGCGAAUUUAAAAAGGAGGAAGAAAAGUUCAAUGAGCCAGAAAUAUUUCCCGAGGAUAAGAACAAAAAUAAGGAUGAGAUUACGAUGUGGGACCCUGAAGAGGACGGGAACUCGAAACCGAAAUCUGUGGUCCACGACAAGAAGAAUGACAUCAUCACAAUCAAAUUUGUCGACAAAGUCAUCAUCUGCACUAAGCAGAUGAAUGAUUGGGUUAAAACUACAAUCCGAAUCCCCAAAGAACUUCGUUUUUUCGGUGAAAAUGAUGAAGUGGUUACGACAUCAGCUUAUGAUUUGAAUGCAGAUGGUGAUAAUUACCUGUUUGAGCUUAUGCCCAAAGUAAAAUUAAAAGCUAUAAAAUACAAUAAGAAAACUCUUUGGAAGAGGUUACCAGGUCGUCCACAGCCUUUAUCACUCACUUACAAGCGUAACAAGAGGGUUGUGUUUAGGUUUGAGGGGCUUUUGGUUGCCUGCUACCUCGAGAAUGGGCGCUGGACUCGGAGGAGAUUUAAUCUUCCUCCAAUUAAACUGUGUGACAACUUUUUUCGCAGUUUUUCAGAAAUCGACCCCAGUGAGUACAAUGUUUUACUUGAGCCAUUUAACGGGUUUACUUACAAUUUGAAUCCUGGGACAGAUAUAUCUCUCAUCUUAUAUGAUAACAGGGUUGUUUGGAAGUUGAGACCUCGCGAAACUGUUCCAACCGCACUGACAUGUUAUUGUGACGAGGGAUUAUUAUAUUUGUACUAUAAUAAAGGCUUAGACGUCUACAUCAAGAAUUCCAACGACGAUUGGGUCAUUCAUCAUUAA